AUGUCCUUCAGUCUGCAGCCAAUACCAACAAGCCAAUCUACAGGGAACCACCAAAGGAGGAAUAGUUCCAAUAUGGAUUAUAUAGAAGAAAAACCACAUCAAAUUAAUUUGUUAGCUAAAAGAGAGUUGGAAAGACAACUCAACAUUCAAAAGAAAAAGGAAGACAGCAACUUAGGAACAGCUGACAAUGAAAAAAUUGACUAUUUCCAGAGCAUUUUCAAAGAAAAAUAUGAUGAGAUCUUUUCAGCUAUAAACAACACCAUACACAUUCAGAAAACUGAUUUGCCUGAACAUUUUAAUCACAUUUCUAAAGAUAUUUUAACUUUGCAGAAGUAUGUAGCCGCCUCUAGUUUAUUUUUACGUAACUAUGAUAUUCAGAAGUGUCAGCAAUGUGUACAAGACCUUUCUACAAAAGCUAAGUCAUGUGAAGAAGAGUUUCUACCUAAGAAGAAGUUUGGCUUCAAAAACAAGCCAAAACCAAAAUCAAACCAGAUCAAUGGAAGUUUAAGAGAUGAGACUGAUGGUAAAAUUAAAAGGCCCAUAGAAAUAAAAGAUACCUUUUGUGGCUAUUCAGAUAAGAAAGGUCUUAAACUUUGUAUGAGGUAUGAUGAGAUUUUCAAGAAAGAUGUUACUCUGGAAAGGCUGGAGGAUUGUUCCAUUACUUUGUUGGGCACUCCUUCAACAUUACAUAUGAACCAUAUUAAGAACUGCACCAUUUUGUCUGGACCUGUUUCCACAUCUAUUUUUGCCGAAAACUGUGAAAACUCCUCACUUAGCAUUGCUUGUCAGCAACUUAGGCUUCAUAGCUCGAAACAUGUUACAAUCUUUUUACAUGUAACCAGUAGAGCAAUUAUGGAGGACUGCACUGACAUUAUGUUUGCACCGUACAACUUUCACUAUCAGGAUAAAGAAAAGGACUUUGCUACAGCAGGAUUGGAUAUAAAUGUGAACAAUUGGAAGUGUAUAGAUGACUUUAACUGGUUGAAUGUUGAGAAACCCUCUCCAAACUGGAGAGAGUUUGUGUCCUAAAGCUUAAAAAUUAGUGAUAUUUGAAUAUUUUUUCAAGUUAUUUGUAAAUACAAUUUAUCCAGCUGAA